GACCAGAGUUAGCUACAAUACAUACAGGUUAGGCAUAUGUGCCCUCCUUUUGCUCCUUCAACGGGAACAUAAAAUCCAAGUGGAGCUAAGAAAACUGUUGGAGAGUAUGCAAUAUAAUUAUGAGCUCGUAUGAUGGCUUGGAAGGUGAGUGAUAAGACAGAGAAACUUGUAGUCGCACACUUGAUGUUGUCAGGGUCUUAUACUUCGACAAUGACUCCCGCCCAUCGUCAAAACCCCACAUUUCGACUUCCGUCCGUAACCACGACAAGCGAUAUAAUGCUCGCGAGAUUUUCCACCAUACUGCGCGUGAUAGAUUUGCAUGCUCGAAUGAAGAAAGAAAGCCACAGAGCUCGGUCAUACAGUCUGUAUUUCGCAAGCCAGCUGAGCGAUCGCGCCAUCAGUAUUUCAUCAUCACGACUCGGUUUGAAAAAGAAUAAAUUGCGCGGCGGGUUCUAUGCUUCCAAUUUCCCAUGCCGACAUUCUUUUCCUUGGACUAACCGCUAUUGGUUGGCAGUUGGAAAGGAAUGUGCCAUCAUCUCGAUAGAUCGAUUUAAGGGAGACCAUACUGUGCGAUUUGUCCAGAUACGAGAAGAUACCUGGGUACAUAAGCAGUGUUGGUUCAUUCUCACCGCGGAACAUUUUGUCGCAAACAUGUCUAAGAUCUCAAUGGGAGGGCAUAUACCUACCCAGGGAUCGAUUUCUACUAAUCUUCGGAAACAAGGAAACAUUUUGAGGCAUUUCGCUUAUUCCUCCCCCCACCCCUUACCCAACACUCCCUUUUCCUGCUUGCAUCUGAAUGCUGUUAUUGCAAGUCCUAUAGAGGGGUCUAUGGUAUCUAUCAUAUACCUACCACUCGUCGGCAAAAUCGGUAUCUUUCGCCACCCGCUAUUUUUGCGGUCUCAUCGCUUUGUCGCCGGGUCCUCGCGAUUCAAGCUAGGUAUUAAUUUCGCCCUGUUGAUCGUUCAGUAUCAGGACGCCCGGCAAAAAGUUAUGCGUAGCUCUCGAGGCCUACAACAUGGCAAGGGAGGGCGUCCACUACUUCCGGGACCGACGUUACCUUCGAUCCCUUUCGGUCAGAUUCCCUGCCGCCCACCAUACGAUAAGCGUCGUGCGUAUUGAUGCCCUUCAAAAUCUAUAUGUGCAUAUGUUCUCAGCGUUUCGUUGAAGAGAUCACAGGGAGUAACUACUAUUAGCAGUGAAAGGCGAGUGAGAAAGAUCAUGAGACACUCGAGGCGAGGGACGCGAAUGAUGUCAUUACGAACGAUAAUGUUCCAAUGUCGGUUAGUUUGACGUCUUUGAUGUGGUCGUGGUCUAUUUUCAAUGCCAAUUUACUACACUAGGACAUUGGGUUAUCCUAUUUAUCCGCCUGGUCACUGUGUUGUUUAUUUGGUUCCUCGAUCCCUCACACCAAUAGCGACGUGUUUGCCCACUCCCAAUCCCUUAUAAAGCAGAACUUCUUCGUUCAGGUUUCCCCGAUUCGUAACCCAUACAGAACCCAA